AUGCGGGUCGGUCAGGAGACCUUUGCUGAUCGUCUCUCAGCAAUAACAAGCAAAUUUCCCAUCUCAACGUGGUCGUGGACAAGCGUGUCAACGACAGAACCUUCAUCUAUCUCUAGGAGCAAGCCACCGCCCACGGCAUCACUCCUUGAAACUUGGCGUCAGCUGGCAUUACACGAGGACACCAUGUCCAGCGGCAACGUGGAACUCCUGGGCGACAAUGUGGAAAUCCUCGACUACGAACCCGAGGGCGAGGCUCCCACCGCAGAGCAGUUUCCAGCGGCGGGUGCAGAAGACGAGAGCCCCCCCAUGUCCAUGGUGUUCACCGUCGAUGAUUUGCUGGACAACAUCGCCACAGCAGAUCCGGCGGAACUGGAGCGGGCCUACAACACCGGACGUGUCUCUCUGGAGGAUGUCGUAGAAGCGGCCUGUCUGUCGUCCGAUUCCCCCCCUUUCUUUCCUCCUUUCUCGCUCCCGCCGGAAGACAGAUUAAUCCUCCCCCAAGACGAGUUUAUGGCGUACCAAAGGUUGAACGAGAUGUGGUGCGACGGUCUUGCCGGGAUAGCAGAGGCGGAGGCGCGAGAGCAGGCGAAGCGCGAGGACGCGGAGCGCUUGGCGGAACGGGAGGCUGCUCUGGCCACUGCGGCGAAGAAGCAGGAGGAGGAGCGUGAGGCUGUUCGGGCUGCUGCGGCGAAGAAGCAGGAGGAGGAACGUGAGGCUGCUCUGGCUGCUGCGGCGAGGAAGCAGGAGGAGGAGCGUGCGGCUGUUCUGGCGGAGCGUGAGGCGUAUCUCCAAGCGGCUAGGGCGAAGCAGGGGGCGCUCCGAUCGCGGCUGAAGGAGCUGGAGCCCCGCCACCAGGACCCGCGAGCAGCCCCCCACCCCCGUCGCCGUGUUAUCGUCCCCCCCCCCACGCAAUCCCAGGUGCGCCUUGGUCCCCAUCGUACCGCCUCGCCGCCCGAGAAGGAGCGCGAGGUGGCGGCGUCUCCGACGAACGAGCAGGAGCGGAAGAGGACAGCGACUCCGGAGUUUUCGGU